AUGGAUAUGCUUGUGCUGAAUGUGAUGAAAACUCAUAAUAGCAGUAGGAAUAAUUUAACUAAUCUCAAAAAUCAAAGUUGUUCGUUCAACUCAAAAGCUCUGUUGGAUCUGUUCUUCUCUCCUCAUCCUAUUCUCUCUCUCUCUCUUCCGCUGGAUCUCUCUCAUCUUUCUCGACGUCGCACUCAAGCUCUCUCUCGUCUUCGGUCUCGUAAUCAAGAUCGUCGUCCCUCUUCUCGUUUCCCACACCGGUCGUCGCGGUUGCUCUCUGUCUCGUCAUCGUCUUGCACACAGUCGCGCGCCUUCGUUGUACUCUUCGUCGCCGGCGGCAGAAGCAGCAGGUCCUGGGGCUCGUCGCCUUCUUGCUUCGAGUCUCACCGUCAGCUUCCUUCGCACAAUCAGAAGCUGCUUCAUGAUUUGGUUGUCGGAGAUCGAAGAGGAGCAGUGUUUGGAAGCUUAGUUGAAGCGCCUCUUAGACCAUCCAACAAGAAAUACCAGGUUAAUGAUGGUACAAGGAUGCCACUUGCGUUGGAUUUGAUUCUAAAGCCCUACAACUUGAUGCUGCAUAAUGUCAUUGAUUCUGCUACCAAGAAUUACAAUAAGUAUAAACAAAAGGAUUCAAACAAAAAUUAAAAAAUCGUAAUUGUCAUGUAGUCAUGUUUAGUUUAUAUUAA